UUCGUAGUUGUAUUCUCUUACACAAAAAGUUUGGAGCGAUGACCUUUCAAUUAGCAUUCGUUUUUAGGGCAUAGUUGCAGAGAGAGUGAGAGAGAGGAGAGAGAGAGAAAUCAUGGCUUUCAGCGGUUUUAGGUCCGGCCUCAAGCUCCUUAACUCUACCAAAAAUGCCACUCUCUGCAAAACAGUUUCACGAGAGAUACAUUCGACUGGGAUCAAGAAAAUGGGGGGAGGACAUGGUGAUCACUCAGAGCCAUAUUACCUUCACGCAAAGCACAUGUAUAACCUGGACAGGAUGAAGCAUCAGAAGCUGAAGAUGACUCUUAUGGUGUGGACCUGCUUUGGCAUUGGUGUAUUCGUCCCAGUAUAUGCAGUCAUAUUCCAGCAAAAUAAGACCGCCUCUGCUUGAUCUAUCACUAUCUUUCAGUGGAUGAAAUAAAUGUGGAGAUUGCAUUCCGUUUCUGACACUGUUACAGAAACGGAAUGCAAUGUAAUUUUAGUUGAAUUUGUUUCUUAUACAUUCCAAUUUUUGGGAGAGGUAAAUUUUUGGUCAUGAAUAAUGCACUCUUGCCUGGAUAUAUGUUUGCCCAAGGAAAGUUGGUGUUAAACUCUCUUUGGUCCUCUCUUUGGUCUGCACUUCAUGCUUUCCUCUUUUUAAAACAGUGGUUUCCGCUUCAUGUAUAAUGCAUUGCUUUCUUCUUUUGAAGUCUUUCUUCUUGGUUCUUUGACUUUUGGGUACCAGUAAUAAGGCAUUUAUGCAUGGGACACUA